UUGUUUUAUUAACAGUCUGCCCAAUCCUUGCUGAGGACACAGCCCCAGACAGAGAUUGCAGAAGUUCCUUGCUUCCUCCUUGCACACCGGGGCUCCCUGCAGCACAGGGGUGCCCGGACCACGCACCCCUUCCCUCUUGCUCUCUGUGCCACUUCCUGGGAGGACAGCGCUCAGUGGGGCUUCGUCGCUGUGCUGUGGACAGCAGCGGGCACUUCCUGCUCAGCAGUUCUCUCCUCCAGGGCACACACCGGACCCGCUCUAGUCCCCUGCGACCUGUCUGGACCUGAGUUUUCUGGCUUCUCCACAUCCUCAGCCGCAGCCCUCUCUCUGGCUCUUGCUCCACUGUGCGUCCUCCUCCCGCCUCCUCCUGGUCCUCUUGCCUCAAACCGCGUCAGGACUCUCUCGUGUCAGUGAACCACCGGAGACCCCGGAGCGCUGCCACACGUGAAGAGCCUUGACACGGGUUCCACAGACACAGGUCCGGCGCAGGCCAUGACUCGGUCUUCCAAGCCCUGCAGACUCCUGGGAGGCCGACGCCAACAGCGCGGAGAGGAGGCAGGACCCUAAACUCACAGGAGAAACCAACUGGCUAGACCUCCCUUCGUCCACUGCCAUGGAUGCGUUCAUCUCAGCCUUCCUGGAGAAUCUGUCACAAGGGAAUUUUCAGCAGUUGGCUGCCGACUUCGCAUCUCACUAUGCUACCUUAGUCAGUAAGGCCGGAGGCAUCCUCCCUGCAGAAACCCUGGGCAGACUCGAUGAGGUCUUCAUGGAGGGGAAUCUGCAGGCUGUGGUGAACAUGAUCCAAGAAGUAUUCAGUGCGGCAGAAAGCGCUGUGCUGGAGGUGGCUGUGAUCGGGGAGUCUGGGACUGGCAAGUCCAGCUUCAUCAACGUCCUGAGGGGGCUUGGUCACGACGACGAGGGGGCGGCUGAUGUGGGGGUCGUGGAGACCACCAUGAAGAAGACCCCCUAUCAACACCCAAAGUAUCCCAACGUGACCUUCUGGGACCUGCCUGGGACCGGGACGCCCAAAUUCUCCCCGGACACCUACCUGGAGAAGGUGGGGUUCGCUAGCUUUGACUUCUUCAUCAUCGUCUCCUCCUCCCGCUUUAGUCUCCAUGAUGCUCUCCUGGUCCAGAAAAUCAAGGCACUAGGGAAGAAGUUCUACUUUGUUAGAACCAAGGUGGACAGCGAUUUAUAUAACGAACAGGAAGCCAAACCCCAGUCCUUCAAGAGGGAGCGAGUCCUCCAGCACAUCCGAGACUACUGCCUGGCUAACCUCAGCGACAUCGGAGUGCCUGACCCUCGGGUCUUCCUGGUCUCCAACUUCGACCUGCAUGACUUUGACUUCCCGAGCCUGGAGAAGACUCUGCUGGCGGAGCUGCCUGCUCACAAGCGCCAAGUGUUCGUGCUCAUGUUGCCCACGCUGUCUGAUGAGACUGUCGAGCUGAAGAGAGCUGUCCUCAGGGGGAAGAUCUGGCUGGAAGCUGUGAGGUCCUCGGCUUCGGCCUUCGUCCCCUUUGCACCCCUCAUCAAAGGCUUCGAUGUGCAUGAGCAGGAAGCCCGCCUGAAGCUCUACCGCGGCUAUUUCGGUUUGGACGAUGAGUCGCUUAAAGAGAUCGCUGAGAAGCUGGGCACAUCUGUGCAGGACAUCAAGGGCUACACCAAGUGCUUGGAUUUCUGGUCCCUCGUGGAGGACGACAGCGCAGGAGCAAAGGCCAUGAGCUGUGUCGAAACCUUCUGCUCGGUGAAUGGAGGUGUCCCAUCUGUUGUCUUCCAGUUUCUGAAAACCCGCUUUCUACUUUGGAAAUUUCUCGAUGCAGUGGCCGACGAUGCUAAACUUCUCUUGCACAAGAUUAUAAGUGCUCAAGUGUGAGAGAAUGGGGUAGAAGAGCCGUGCCUGGCCUCAUGGAGCCGGAAAUGGACCUCAGGUCUUGCAGUGUGAGGGGUGGCGGGCUUCCUGCCAGUCCCGGGCAGUGUCCCCUAGGUAGAAGCAGUGUCUGUACAGCCGUAGCUCCAUGUGGUACUCAGUGCUGUGCACAGAUAGCUUGGCCAUAGCCAGUUUCCUGCAAACAUUGAUCUAUUUUGAUUGAAUCUUGACACUAACAUAGUACCUAUCAGCCUUCAGGUAAUCAUAUGUGAGGUAGUUUGCUAAUUUCCAUUAUUUCUCGAUGGUAAACAUUUUAUAAUAAUCACAA